CCCUGUAGCCACCACCUGUCAAGAAGAUGAAAGUGUCUCCGUCGUCUGGGUUAUGCUCGCUGCCAGAUGACGUGGCAGUUACUUGCCUGGCUCAGAUCUCGGGAUUUGACCUAGCGGCCUUAGCUACCGCCUCAAAGAGCCACCGCGCUCUCGUAUCUUCCCCUGAGCUCUCGGAACUGAGACGGCGGAUGGGUUGCACCGAGACGUGUCUCUACGUAUGCAUGCGCAUCUCUGGUGGUAACCCACGUUGGUUCGUCCUCAACCCUCACCAUCGCCGCCUGAACCCUAACCAGGCUCCGGAGUCAUCCUCUUUCGUGGCGGUGGACGGAGGCAUCUAUGUCUUGGGCGGACUCAUAAACUGCCGUCUCACUAGUGAUGUCUGGUUCCUCGACUGUUUCUAUCACACGUGGAACCGUGUCCCGUCGAUGAAGAGGCCUCGUGUUUAUGCAUCCGCGAACCUCGUCGACGGGAAGAUAUACGUUUGUGGUGGGUGUAGAGAGGAAGCUGAUUCCACAAACUGGGCAGAGGUUUUCGAUCUACAGACUCAAACUUGGGGUACCUGGUUUCUCCCCAAGAUAAAAAGCAGGAUCUGGCAUAGUGUGGUGAUCGAGGAGGAGAAGAAGGUUUACGGGGUUGACGUGGAGGGUGAUAGCUUCCACUUGUUGCCAAGUAAGCGUAUGUUUUUUUGGAGACCAGACCUAAGAAGAGACUUUUUUUCACGAAACAAGGACGAUUGUUGUGCUAUAGGGAAGCUUUUAUUCUGUCGUGCUCCUUUCGAGACGAUACUGUGGUGUGAUCCUGAUGAGUUGCGUUGGAAGCAAGUCAAGGGUUUGGAAGAGCAUUGUGAUAAUAUUGAUAUAUGCAGACUCUGCACCAACUCUGCUGGUAACAUUGUCAUCUUCUGGAUCAGCUCUCUUGUUCGUCAGACUUGGCUUUGUUCUGCCGAGAUUUCCUUAAGGAGGAAAGGAGGCGAGAUUUGGGGUAAGGUCGAAUGGUCCGAUACUGUCUUCAAACUUGAUGAUAUUCUCUCAUCUGGUUUUAAAGUCUUAUACUCUGCUUCUGUUCUUGUUUCUCCUAAAUGAAUCAGUUGUUUUCAUUAUCGUUGGUCUCUUAUUGAACUCAGUUAUAUUGGCUUUAAUUGGUGUUUUUUUCCUUCUUAAAGCUGGUUUGUAUCAUUAAAAGAACAACCACUGGAUCGAGUUUCAGACAGAACUAUACUCUUUUUGUUUCAUUUUAAUUAUCGUUUUUGACUUGGACACAAAUAAUUAAGAAAAUAUUUAAUUUUGUAUAUUUAUUAAACAAAAACAUCAUUACCAAUACACUUAACCACAUUUCAACUAAUAGAAAUAUAGAAUGAAAUAUGAAAUCAAUAAAUUUUGCAUUGAAAUUAUUAAACAACACUUAUUUUAAAACCAAAAUUUUACUCUCCAACGACUACAAAAGUGUAACAGAGGAACCGAGGAAGUAUAGGACCUGAGCAAAUACAUAAAGCCCCAAAAAAAAUAAAAAAACAGAGCUGGUAUAUCAUGGAAGACAUGUGUCUUCAACUAGAGGUGAACUAGAACUUGACUUCUUCACCAGUGUCUCUGUUUCCUUAGCUUUCAUUCCAGUACGACUUUUGUUGCCAUUCACAACAUAUAAGUAUUGAGUAUUGUUUGAUCUUUUCUAGAAGGUGACCAUUGGUUAAGGGGGGGGGGUAA